AUGCGUGGGUUCAACUUGUUCUGUAAAUGCUUCAUCGUCUAUAUCGCCCUCUACUGCGUGGCCACCUCUGUGGCUACCAUUUCCCAGUGCGGAACGUCUUUUGAAAGCAACUGGGACAAGGCUCGCCCCCAGGACCAGUGCUUUACACUGCCGCCAUUCUGGUUCUCCCAUGCAGCAAUCAACACUUCCGCUUCAAUGGUCAUGAUUUUUUUACCAUGGUGGUUGUUUUCUUCUAUACAAUACAGACACAAAUAUGUUAUUGCAACCGUCAUGGGUCUUCUAGCAGUUGGUGGAACUGCUCUCGGUGCCGUACGAAUUUACGGUCUAUAUCGAUCAGCCCUCGCUUUUAAUGACUUGACAUACGGCGUCCAAAGUGGCCUCAUUGUGUCCCAGAUCGAUGUCGACUUUGCCUGUAUUGCUGCAUGUGUCCCCACAUUGCUCAAGACGAUCGAGGAAGCAAUUGCUUUCUUCUUUGUUCGCGUUCUAGGCCGCUCAUAUCAUGGAAGUCGCGGUGAGAGUGGACUCAGUCGUGGUGAGAAUACCACUGCUAGUGGACACAUGAAUAUGUCGAACUUGCGCAGCGUGGAUCGCAAACGGCGUUCCCAAGGGCUAUACACCGACAUUAGCGGAGAUGACAGGGAAGGCAGCAUGAAUUCCCAGGAGCAUAUCAUCAAGAAGGAUACUGACUCGCCUAGUGUCAUUAAGGUUCGAACUGAUGUUGAUGUGGUCGUGAGUGACGUCGAAUCGGAGGAGGAUAAGAAUGCCGUACUAAAGCACUAA